AUGUGUACGAGCUUCACUACAACUGUGAACGUUGCGAUGAUGGAGAGUAUGAUAUAUGCCUCCGCUGCUACCGUCUCGGUAGAGGAUGCAAGCAUUGGUAUGGUUUUGGCUGGACUGCCUGGCCGCGAUACGAACGAGAAGCACCCGAAGGUGGCUAUCCGCCAAAUCAUGAGCACCCCCAUAUCCUUGUUGGACAUCGGUAUCGCAGGCCUAUGA